ACUAGGAUCGCACCCCAGCUUGCACGAUGUACUAUAGGUACUUAGAUCUACAUAAAUUUAGUGUAGUACUCUUCGCUCCAUUUUCGGAUUCAUUUUAUUUUAUUUCCUUUUAUACGCUGUGUAGUAUCCUUAAAUCGAUAAAUUGUGUUUACCAACUUGUAUCCAUCUACCUAGGUAGGUAAUAGGUAUACGAGUAGUUUCAUCGUUCAAGAACAUUUUGUUUAGCGCAUUAUAAUUUACAUUCCAUUCGUGAUUUGAUAUCAAUACUGGUGCAGAACUGAACGUGACGGGGCAGUUUCAAGUUGGAUAAAGGUACUAGGUAGCUGCUCCUUGAGUACGUCAGAACUGCGGUCCAAUCAAACGAAUGAUUCGCAACAAAAUGAUUAAGAUAUUUACCAUCCUUUUCUUAUGUCUAUAUUUUUCACCGGCUAUAAUUUGGGCAGAAGAUUCCAAAUCAGCGAUUCCUCCUCUUCAAAAGUUGCCCGCUCUAACAUCCGAUUUUGAAACGAUUAGAUCCGAAAACUACGUUUACGUCGACAAAACUGCGUUCAUAGAAAAAAUACUGGAUUUCCCCGAACCAUCAUUCUUUUUACUCACCCGCCCCCGAAGAUUUGGAAAGUCUGUAUUUCUAGAGAUGUUAAGCCACUUUUUUUCCGCCGAUAAACACCUUUUUAACGACACGUACAUUGCCAAACGAAAGCCCGAAGAUUGGACGAAAUAUCCCAUUAUCAACUUAGAUUUCAUUUAUGGAAAGUCUAUUCGCAGUAGUGCUGAUAUCAAAGACUACGAAAAUGACCUCGAAGAAACACUAUGCGGAAUUGGAGCUGAUUAUGGACUCGACUGUUCAUCGAGUAACAGCAUUGAUAAGCUCAUCAAAAAUCUGAGUACUAAGUAUGGACAACGCGUUGUCAUCUUGAUUGACGAAUACGACUCGAUUUUCCGAACAGUCAACGUUAAAGAUGGCGAUUUGUUUAACGAGUUUAAAAAAGUUGCUGGACAAUUUUAUCAAAAAAUGAAACAGAGUGGUGAAGAUAUUAAACUAGUAUACAUAACUGGUAUUUCUAGACUGGCUUUAUCCUUCUUUGAAAUUGGCCUGAGCCAAAGCACUGUCACAGAUUUAACUUUCCACAAGGAUUUCUCUAGUGCUAUAGGAUUCACGUUAGACGAAAUAAAUUUGAAUUAUUGGCCAUACUUGCAGCGUUGGGCCAGUCAUUAUGGAGUCAAUGUCUCGAAUAUCGCUGAAGAACUCACCCGUUGGUACGACGGAUACAGAUUUAGUUUGCAGGAUAGUGAAACUCGGGUGUUUAAUACUCUUGCUGUGAUCUGCAGCUUCAAGGAAUUAAAAAUCAGAAAUUAUUGGGCAGAAUCUAGUAAAAUUGAGGCUAUAAUCGAAAGGUUCACAUUGUCAAAACAAAAUGUCGACGAAUUUUACUAUUAUAGUAUCAAGGCUGAAGAUGCAAAGCGUUUGUACGAAGAUGAGUUUAGUUCCCACGUACAAAUGCCAGUUUUAUUAUACAAUUCUGGGUACCUGACUAUCAGAAAAUAUAAUGAAAAAUCCGAUACCAUAAUACUCUCCUACCCAAAUAAGGAAAUUGAAAAUAAAUUUGUGGAGAAACUAUUCGACUCGCCAUUCAAACCAUCUUAUGGCCACGCGAUGAAUACCAGUAUUCGCGAAAGCGAUAUGGAGAGUUUUAUUGAUUUUCUGAACAAAGCUGCGUUCAGAAAAUACGAUUUGUCUACUGUAAUACCAGAAACAAAUGAAAUCGAGGUCACUAAACACAUCAUGGAUGCAGUAAUAAAUAACAAACUGGGUGCGGUCUAUGCAAUGAAGAUCAUGAAUGGCCAAACGAAGGGUGAUGCGGGUAUACAUUUGCAAAAUGAAGACACUUCCGAAGUUUUUCCAGCUGAUGUGGCGCUUAUAAUCGAAGUAAAAUUUAGACAAAGUGCCAUCACGGCGAUUCACCAACUGUUUGAAUGUGCAGUAAAAGAUCCUGCUGCUUUUCGUCAAACAAUCAACAAAUUUUUGAAAAAAGAUGUACCAACUUAUUCCCAUUUAUUGGCAAUGAACGUCGGCCAAAGGACAGGAGAAUAUCCAGAAAUACAAGAGUGGAUCGCUGUUCCAUACAGAGAUGGAAGAAUUUUUAUGAAUGAAAUACAGGGUAAAGUCAAUAGCGGCGACGAAUUAAAAAAUGUCGAAGACGGUUGGUGCCAAAAGAUGAAAAGUUGGAGCAGUGAGAAACGUGAAUUCGAAAAGCAAGUCGUAGUCAGGAAUGAUGUGUCUCACUUUCGACAGAGCACAAGAAAAUACGAUUAUUAGAAGUAACGUCAUACCGGAAUAAACCGUUGAUAUAUCGACUAUAUCCUCAACGAAGCUUACAACACCACAACACCCUCAAGGAAGAAGCCGAAUUAGAGUCCACCGGAAUAGAAGAAUCCACGACUUGGUUUUUGUGUAACGAAUACAGAAAAUUAUUCCAAAACGCGACCUAAAGUGACCCUCCGGUUAAAAUGUAUAAUAUGGCUGGUGUGAUUUUCUCAGAUUUAAAAUGAAACGCGCUAUAAUCAAUUAUAAUUUCAAAUAAAUAAGUGAAUAAACUUAAAGGUUUUUCAAAACUUUUAAAAUUGUGAAUUUCGCCAAAAAAUUUAUGAUUGUGGAAUUUUAACUAUACAUGCUCCGGAAAGAACUAUGAUUUUACUAUCUAAGGAUUCUAUUUCAUAUUUUACUUUUUCCGUUGGUCGUUUUUUUCAAUUAAAAAAUGAAUAAAGCAUUUUCAAUGUUGAAAUUUUCACCUGCAGGUAAUAUGGGGUACUUACUUUGUUUUUUCGUAGAUUUUUGACAUAUUCUGGACAAAAAAAUACCUAAAAAAGAACCAGAAGACUGACAUAUUACGUUAUAAUGGCGAAUAAAAAUCGUUUUUCUA